CACGUGUGAAGCGGGUUAAAGAAAAAAUUGUGUGUAUUCUGUUGUUAGGGCUCAACGUUUCAACUCUCGUAAACACCGAAAUGAAUCUCCUCCAUCCCUCUCAUUCGCGGCGGCGUACACCCAACGCGUCGCUGUCACCGACAUUCAUCCCCAAUGAACUUGUUACAGACGUGUUAUCUCAUCUUACCGUAAAGCCACUUUUGCGACUCAGAUGUGUGUGUAAGUCGUGGAAUUCCCUCAUCUCCGAUCCCACCUUCGUCAAAUUACACCUUCAUCGAUCUUCACAAAAUGCAUUUUACACGCUUGUAAGUGGCAUUGAUUUCAUUGUAGCAUCCUUCAGAUUUGAUCCUUUGUUGAAAAACUCUCCAAUCAUUUUCAAACUUCCCAAGGAUCCUUACUAUCAAUCAAAUAACAAUGAAUUCCAGAACGUGGUUGGUUCAUGCAAUGGAUUGAUAUGUUUGGUAGGAUCUUCUCGCGUCAAUGAGAAUAUUGAGUGCUGGUUUCGCAUUUGGAACCCUGCCACUAGGACACUGUCACGAAGAUUAGGUUCUUUCCGCGACGAUCUAAGCACCACCCGUUAUAAUUUCACGUUUGGAUUUGAUAAAUCAAACAACACAUAUAAGGUGGUGGCCUUAACGAGAAAGAUUAGAGUUUUCACCUUGCAAGAUAAUGCUUGGAGAAAUAUUCAAAAUCCUCCUGAGGUUCAUUAUUACGCGAUGGCGAAGCUAGUGUAUCUGAGUGGAAGUGUUAAUUGGUUGGCCAUUCACAAUCACUUUGGUCUUACUAAUAAGCCAUUUGUGAUUAUUUCACUUGAUUUGGUCACCGAAACAUAUACUCAAUUGUUACCUCCUGAGGGUGAAGUGUCAUUUAUUAAUCACAACCUAACUGUGUUAAAUGAUUGUCUUUGCUUUUCUCAUGAUUUCAAACAAACUCAUUUCGUGAUAUGGAAAAUGAAGGAAUUUGGAGACGAAAACUCUUGGACUCAAUUCCUUAAAAUUAGUUAUAAUAAUCUUCAAAUAGAUUAUCCAUUUAAUGGAUUCAACCUUUCUUUGUUACCAUUAUGUUAUUCGGAGAAGAAUGAUACACUAUUAUUGACAAACCAAUAUAGAGAAGGGUCAAUUCUCUAUAACUGGAAAGAUAAUACACUAGAGAAAAUUCAUGGCCCUUGGUUCUACACUUGCGUGAAUUUUGUUGAAAGCUUGGAAUCCUAUUGUUGAAAGUAAGUUCUUCUACCACAUUUUUCUUGUCUCAAGUUGAUUUGCUAGUAUGAAGUUAUUUUUGCAAAUUAAUAUAUGUUGAAUACUCUGUUCAGAUUGAUGCCUCUCUGCCAAGCUUCACAGUAGUCAUGUACUUGUUGACAAUUUAACAAGGCAUUUCGUCAGCAAAUUCUUGCUUUUAAGUAUUUGUUUCACUUACAAUCUUUAUACAAGUCAUGUAUUUGGUUGAAAAAUGGAUCUUGCUAUUUUAAUUUUCUAGUGUAGAGGUUGGAUUUUAUAUAGAAGUAAUAAUGCCUCUC